AGAUACACUUUUGCUGAAAUGUUUUUGUAAGAAAACUUACUGGGUACUGGGUCAUCCCAGCUCUUGGGAGGCAGAGGUAGGAGGAUCUAAAGUUCAAAGUCGGCCUCUGCUACAUAGUAAGCAUGGUGUCUGAACAAAAGGCUGUGUGGUGGAGCCCAUCUGUGAUCCAGCACUUGGGAGAAUCUUGAGUUUCAGCUGGCGAGUAAGCUCCAGAGAAGUGCAAGCAUAGAGCAGACCAUGCCUCAGAAUACAGAAACAUCCUGCUAGUCAAUGUAGCACUUUUCACUUAUGUGCAGGUAAAAUCUUAGGUCCACUUGGGUGAAAAGGCUGAAUAGAUUUUAGGAAGGUAAACUUAACCUUUGAUCAUGUAUUCAUGGAACCUUUAUCUGUUUGGGAGGCCCUAGACUAGAGGAUGGUUAUGGGAAGGGAAAUAGAAACAGUUCUUGCCCGCCGGAGCUUAGAAGCUGUUGUGGAACACCAAGGUAAACUGCAACAUAAAGAAGGCCUGGGGACAGCCCUGCUGAAGUGGACAGUGAACAAUUGGGAGUGCUUCACACAGAAGGAAAUGGCUGAACUAGUCUCAAAGGACGGAGUUCCCAGGCAGGGAGGACAAGAGGAAAAGGAGAAAGAAGCAACUAACAGUGAAACAAGGGCUGCUGAGCAUGCAGUUUGCACGAUACUCUCAUAUGAGAAGAUCCACUUUGAGCAGCUUAAGGAUUUGUCCUUCCAUUGUGUCAGCAUGGCAGGAUUCAAGCGAGGAUAUGAUGGCAAAAUCGCUGGAUUAUAUGAUCUGGAUAAAACCUUGGGUCGAGGUCAUUUUGCAGUGGUUAAGCUUGCCAGGCAUGUCUUCACAGGCGAAAAGGUGGCUGUAAAAGUUAUUGACAAGACAAAGCUGGACACACUAGCUACUGGCCAUCUUUUCCAGGAGGUGAGGUGCAUGAAACUAGUGCAGCACCCCAACAUUGUGCGACUUUACGAAGUCAUUGAUACGCAGACCAAACUGUAUCUCAUUCUAGAGCUUGGAGAUGGAGGAGACAUGUUUGAUUACAUUAUGAAGCAUGAGGAGGGUCUUAAUGAAGAGUUGGCCAAGAAGUACUUUGCUCAGAUAGUUCAUGCAAUAUCUUACUGCCAUAAACUGCACGUGGUUCACAGAGACUUAAAACCAGAGAAUGUCGUCUUCUUUGAGAAACAAGGUCUUGUGAAGUUGACAGACUUUGGAUUCAGCAACAAAUUUCAACCAGGGAAGAAACUCACUACGAGUUGUGGAUCUCUUGCGUACUCUGCUCCAGAAAUUCUGCUUGGUGAUGAGUAUGAUGCCCCUGCAGUAGACAUAUGGAGUCUGGGAGUGAUCCUCUUCAUGCUGGUGUGUGGGCAGCCACCCUUCCAGGAGGCCAAUGACAGCGAGACACUGACCAUGAUCAUGGACUGCAAGUACACAGUGCCACCCCACGUGUCCAAGGAGUGCAAAGACCUAAUCACACGGAUGUUGCAGAGAGAUCCGAAGAGGAGGGCCUCUUUGGAAGAGAUUGAAAACCACCCUUGGCUCCAGGGAGUGGACCCUUCACCAGCCACUAAGUACAACAUCCCCCUUGUGUCCUAUAAGAACCUCUCAGAAGAGGAGCACAACAGCAUCAUCCAGCGCAUGGUGCUUGGGGACAUUGCAGACCGAGAUGCCAUCGUAGAAGCUCUGGAAACCAACAGGUAUAACCAUAUCACCGCCACUUACUUCCUGCUUGCAGAGAGGAUCCUGAGAGAAAAGCAAGAGAAAGAGGUACAGACGAGGUCUGCGAGCCCCAGCAGCAUCAAGGCCCAGUUUAGGCAGUCGUGGCCAACCAAAAUCGAUGUACCGCAGGACCUGGAGGAUGACCUCACGGCUACUCCUCUGUCCCACACCACCGUCCCACAGUCUCCUGCCCGGGCUGCUGACAGUGUCCUCAAUGGCCACAGGAGCAAAGGACUGUGUGACCCAGCUAAGAAGGACGACCUGCCAGAGCUGGCCGGACCGGCACUGUCCAGCGUGCCUCCUGCAAGCCUGAAGCCCGCAGCCAGUGGCCGCAAGUGCCUGUUCAGGGUGGAGGAGGACGAGGAGGAGGACGAGGAGGACAAGAAGCCAGUGUCCCUGUCUGCGCAGGUGGUGCUGCGCCGCAAGCCCUCGGUCACCAACCGCCUGACAUCGCGCAAGAGCGCGCCGGUGCUCAACCAGAUCUUUGAGGAGGGCGAGUCUGACGACGAGUUCGACAUGGACGAGAACCUGCCGCCCAAGCUGAGCCGGCUGAAGAUGAACAUCGCGUCCCCGGGCACAGUGCACAAGCGCUACCACCGUAGGAAAAGUCAGGGUCGCGGCUCCAGCUGCAGCAGCUCCGAGACCAGCGACGAUGACUCAGAGAGCCGGCGGCGGCUGGACAAGGACAGCGGCUUCACCUACUCCUGGCACCGGCGCGACAGCAGCGAGGGGCCGCCGGGCAGCGAGGGCGAUGGUGGGGGCCAGAGCAAGCCCAGUGGCGGUGGGGGCUCGGACCCGGCCACAGGAGAGAGGGGCGCGGGCGGAGGCGGCCCGGCGGGGGGCGCGGGUGGAACCCCCUCGGGCACUGCAGGGUCUGCCAGGCGCUGUGCAGGUCCCGGCUCGGCCCCAGCCUGCUCUUCCCCGGCCUGUUCGGCCUCAGCCGCCCCGCGGAGCGCAGGCGAACUGGUGCAGAGCCUCAAACUGGUGAGCCUGUGCCUGGGUUCGCAGCUGCAUGGCGCCAAGUACAUUCUGGACCCGCAGAAGGCCUUGUUCUCCAGCGUGAAGGUGCAGGAGAAGUCCACAUGGAAGAUGUGCAUCAGCACUCCGGGAACCACGGGUCCCAACUCGGAACUGGACCGAGUAACGAGCAAGAACCUGAGGAACAACGUGCUCCAGCUACCUCUGUGCGAAAAGACCAUCUCUGUGAACAUCCAGCGGAACCCUAAGGAGGGGCUGCUGUGUGCCUCCAGCCAGGCCAGCUGCUGCCACGUCAUCUGAUUUCCAUUUAAAAUGGAUGUGCUGGGCAGUUAUUUAUUACCUUUCCAUUUGUUCCAACAACGUGACAAUGCAUGGGCUUUGUGCAUGCUGCUAGAAGCUGCUUUUCUUUUCCAGCUGAAAAGUCUACUGUGUGAUUUUUACAUUCAUAACUUUAAUGUGGAUGAGCAGGAUUAAAUUGUAUUAUCUGGAUUCUAACAUAAAUGGAGCACUUAGAAACGUGAUGUUCUGCACUUAACCUAGAGAGGGGAAAACCGUUUUUGUUUCCUUGUGAAAUCAAAAUUCUUGUCCUGACCUCCUGUGAUAGGGAAACUCCAUGCUCUGGGGCACAUUGGUGCCUGAGACAGAACCAAAGCAAUAACGUGAUGCCUACAGGUCUGGGAUGGAGUAAGAGGCGCCACCAGCCAUCCAAGGCCUGUGCACUCAGACCUUAGAACCACCGUUUGAGCAUCCCCACGCCCAUUUGUCUUAAGCUAUAGUAUGAAAAAAAGUUGGGGCUCUUAAAAUUUCACUGACAGGUUUUCUUUUUUGUACUAGGUAAGAUCAGCUACUUAGAUUUGUGAGGCAGCCUCCCCUGUAGAACUAUAAGCAGACAAUCUUUUUAAUGUGAUGAGCUGAGUUCAUGUCCUGACUCUUACAGAGUGUGUAUCUGGCAGAACAAAAAGAGGCUCUGUGUAAGUUUCCCUGUAGGACACACUGCAGUGUUUCCUUCAAAGCCAUGUGCAGAGAGGGACGAGAGGGCCUGGUGCAGAAGCAGAUGCACACAGAUAGCAAAGCCAAAACUCCACAAAAUCAGCAGAAUUGACUGGGGUUUGCUUUUCAGGACUUCGGUAGUUAGAUCGGUCUCUUCCAUUCCAUUGCAGCAUUUGGCUCGGCUGUGAACAUCAGCUGAUGAGACACUACCCAUGGGAGGGUAGUGCUCAGGUGGGCCGCACAGGGGCAUGCAGAGCACUCCAUGACUGCCCCCUUCCUGUGUGUCACACAUGGUCUCUUCCACGUGUUUUCAACUUUGCCUUCCUGCCAAACGAUAAUCAGAAUUCUUGCUUGUCCUCUUCCUUUACUAAGACUACUUCCAACGAGAUAAUCACCUUCAGUGUUUUCUCUUAAGGAUGAAAUGGUUGUAGAUGGCUAAUUUUGGGGGGAGCCAGAUGCUGUUCUGCUCAUACUGUGCCCUAGGGGUAUUGAAAGAAGCAUCCAGUGACCUCAGUGAGAGAGGUGCCCUGGGCCCAGGGCCUUCCCCAUACUCUGCAGCUUCCUGUCCUGGCUCUGAGUGGCAGCUGAGGUGAAGCUGGCCAUGCAAUUCAGGGUGGGCAGGGCACAGGCCAGUCACUUUCUUCAGUACACUGACUCUGCUACCUUAGGGUUAAUGUAUUUUCCUCAGAACUCUGACCUUCCCAGUAUACCUGACUAUACUAAGUAGAAAUGAUACUUAAACCCUUUCCUUUCUAGACUAGGCUAGCUACUGAUGCUUUCAGCUAUGGCUCUAGUUCAUUGUGAUGUUUAUAUCGAAAGCUUCGAGAACAGAUGUGUGGGUGAAGCCAUAGAACAUAUUUGCUUGAAAUUCUUGAGCAGGGAUCUUACAAAGGGCCAGAAACAAGAUGUGUGGUUCACAGAGAGUGAGCACAGCAUCUAUGUUAACUAGGAGAGAAGUUUAUAAAGGGCAUUGGCAAUAAACUCUUUGUUGCAGCUGUUUUCCAAGUAAUGUAAAUAGUCUUUCCUGUGCUGAUGUAUAGCCAUGGAACAGCACCUUGUAACUAACCCGUGUGUGCUUGGUUCCUAGUGGUUUUUAUAUUCCAAUGUGUAUAUGGUGCUCACUUUAGGAUCAGCAGUGUUGACCAUUUAUGCUGCAUAGCUGUAUCAUAGCCUUAUCAGUUGUGUGUGGGGUUGGUUACCCUCUGGGUAUACACACGUCCGUCUGAGUGGUGUCUUCCUGUUUGUUGACAGGUGGAUGACUGUGCAUGUGUUGUAUGUCAUACUGUGUCGUCACACAAAAGGGAGGGAGCGAAAAACCAUUACAUUAAGAUAAUAUUGGACCAAACUACUUAUUUGCUCUAACCAGUGACUUGUCCCCCUUAACCUGUCUUCAGAAGUUGCAUAUAGUUACAGUAAGAGUAUAAAUUAAAUAUUGUGGGGAAAGUUAGUCUUGUAUUUUUCUGUAUG